AUGACUCAGGAUGAAAAACUGGGCUGUUUUGCUUUUGAUUCAGGGGUGAGCUUGUGGGACCAGAGAGGAGCUUAUGAAGUUGUCAGUGCCUCGCUUUUGAACGGAGACAUCUGGAUCCCCAAAAAGAGCAUCGACUCAAAGAACCAUCCAGAAGUGUUGAAUUUUCGAAUACAACUGGAAAGCAAGGAACUGAUCAUAGAUCUGGAGAGAAAUGAAGGUCUCAUUGCCAGCGGUUUCACAGAAACCCACUAUCUGCAAGACGGUACCGAUGUCUCCCUCACUCGAAAUUACACGGGUCAUUGUUACUACCACGGACACGUGCAAGGAUAUCCUGGUUCGAUGGUCAGUGUCAGCACUUGUUCUGGUCUCAGGGGACUUAUCGUGUUUGAAAAUAAAACCUACGUCUUAGAACCCAUGAAAAAUGCAACUGAUAGAUACAAAUUCUACCCAGCAACAAAACUGAAAAGCAUCUGGGGACUGUGUGGAUCGCAUCAUAACACAUCAGGCCUCUCCACAGGAAACAUGCUCGCACCGUCCUUUCAGACGCGGGCAAGAAGGCAUAAAAGAGAGACCCUCAAGAUGACCAAGUACGUGGAGCUGGUUAUUGUGGCAGACAACCGAGAGUUUCAGAGGCAAGGAAAAGAUCUGGAAAAAGUUAAGCAGCGAUUAAUAGAGAUCGCUAAUCACGUUGACAAGUUUUACAGGCCACUGAACAUUCGGAUAGUGUUGGUAGGCGUGGAAGUGUGGAAUGACAUUGACAAAUGCUCUAUAAGUCAGGACCCCUUUGCCAGCCUCCAUGAAUUUCUGGACUGGAGGAAGAUGAAGCUUCUACCUCGCAAAUCCCAUGACAAUGCACAGCUUAUCAGUGGGGUUUACUUCCAAGGGACCACCAUCGGCAUGGCACCCAUCAUGAGCAUGUGUACGGCAGAACAGUCCGGAGGGGUUGUCAUGGACCAUUCAGACAGCCCCCUUGGCGCGGCAGUGACCCUGGCACAUGAGCUGGGCCACAAUUUCGGGAUGAACCAUGACACACUGGAGCGGGGUUGUAGCUGUAAAACAGCUGCUGAGAAAGGAGGCUGCAUCAUGAACCCUUCGACCGGGUACCCGUUUCCCAUGGUGUUCAGCAGCUGCAGCAGGAAGGACCUGGAGACCAGCCUGGAGAAGGGAAUGGGAAUGUGCCUCUUUAACCUGCCAGAAGUCAAGCAGUCUUUCGGGGGCCAGAAGUGCGGGAAUGGAUACGUUGAAGAAGGAGAGGAGUGUGACUGUGGGGAGCCGGAGGAAUGCAUGAAUCGCUGCUGCAAUGCCACCACCUGCACCCUGAAGCCGGAUGCCGUGUGCGCUCACGGGCUGUGCUGUGAGGACUGUCGGCUGAAGCCUGCAGGAACCGCAUGCAGAGGCUCCAGCAACUCCUGCGACCUCCCAGAGUUCUGCACGGGGGCCAGUCCUCACUGCCCAGCCAAUGUGUACCUGCACGAUGGGCACCCGUGUCAGGGGGUGGAUGGCUACUGCUACAAUGGCAUCUGUCAGACCCACGAGCAACAGUGCGUCACGCUCUGGGGACCAGGUGCGAAACCUGCCCCUGGGAUCUGCUUUGAGAGAGUCAACUCUGCAGGUGAUCCUUAUGGCAACUGUGGCAAAGACUCCAAGAGUUCCUUUGCCAAAUGCGAGAUGAGAGAUGCUAAAUGUGGAAAAAUCCAGUGUCAAGGAGGGGCCAGCCGGCCAGUCAUUGGUACCAAUGCCGUUUCCAUAGAAACAAAUAUCCCACUGCAGGAAGGAGGCCGGAUUCUGUGCCGGGGGACCCACGUGUACUUGGGCGAUGACAUGCCAGACCCAGGGCUUGUGCUUGCGGGCACCAAGUGUGCAGAUGGAAAAAUCUGCCUCAAUCGUCGAUGUCAGAAUAUCAGCAUCUUUGGUGUUCACGAGUGUGCAAAGCAGUGCCACGGCCGAGGAGUGUGCAACAGCAGGAAGAACUGCCACUGCGAGGCCCACUGGGCGCCCCCCUUCUGUGACAAGUUCGGCUUUGGAGGAAGUACAGACAGCGGCCCCAUCCGGCAAGCAGAUAACCAGGGCUUAACGCUGGGAAUUCUGAUGACCAUCCUGUGCCUUCUUGCUGCUGGUUUUGUGGUUUAUCUCAAAAGGAAGACCUUGAUACGACUGCUGUUUACAAAUAAAAAAACCACCAUUGAAAAGCUAAGGUGUGUCCGCCCUUCCCCGCCGUGCAGUGGCUCCCCCCCUGGCCAGGCUCACCUCACCCACCUCAGCAACGGCCUGAUGAGGAAGCCGCCGCAUUGCAACGUGCCUAAGGACAAUCCCAGGAGAGUGCCACAGUGUCUGAACGUUGACAUCAGCAGACCCCUCAAAGCCCUCGAUGUCUCCCAGCCCCCUCAGCGAGUGCUCCCGCCCCUCCACCAGCCUCCGCGUGCACCCAGUGUCCCCGCCAGGCCCCUGCCGGCCAACCCUGUGCUUAGGCAGGCCCAGGGAACUAGGAAGCCAAACCCUCCUCAGAAGCCUCUGCCUGCAGAUCCUUUGAGCAGGAUGACUCGGCUCCCCAACGCCUUGGCGAGGACCCAGGGACAGCAGGGGCCCGGGCUCCACCCAGCACCCAUCAGACCUGCUCCUAAAUGUCCACACCAAGUGCCCAGAUCCACCCACACCGCCUCUAUUAAGUGA